CUUCGGCAGAGACUGCAGAGCCAGCAGCCGGCCGAGGGCGAGCGACGCAGGCGCCGGUGACCCCAGCCUCUGUCCUGGAUCGCGGUGUGCUUUUCUGAAAAAAGAUGGUUUGUCAAAAAUUCUGUGCGGUUUUAUUACAUUGGGAAUUUAUUUAUGCGGUAACUGCAUUUAACCCGUCCUACCCGAUUACUUCCUGGAGAUUUAAGUUGUCCUGUUUGCCACCAAAUGCCACCCAGGACUACUUGCUCCUGCCCGCUGGAGUCUCCGGGAACAUGUCAGCUUCCCACGGCUAUUAUGAGACAUCUGUUGAAGCUACGUUUAAUUCAAGUGGUGUCUACUUUUCCAGCUUACCCAAAUCAGCUUUCCACUGUUGCUUUUGGAGUGAACAAGAUAAAAACUGCUCUGUCCUUGCAGAUAACACUGAAGGGAAGACAUUUGUUUCAACAAUACAUUUUUUAGUUUUUCAACAAAUAGGUAAGUGUUGUAAUGUUCUAAGCAUUGGCUGUUAUUUUUAUUUUCAGCCUGAGGUGUCAGAAGACUCCGCUGGGGUCCCCCAGAGGGGCAGUUUCCAGGCAGCUCCGUGCACCUGCGAUGCUCAGGGGUGCUGUGAAUGCCUCGUGCCCGUGCCAGCCACCAAGCUCAACAGCAGCCUCCUUAUGUAUUUGAAAAUCUCAUCUGGUGGGAUAACUUUUCAGUCACCUCUGCUGUCAGUUCAGCCCAUAAAUGUUGUGAAGCCUGACCCCCCAGUGGGUUUGCACAUGGAGGUCACAGAUGACGGCAGUUUACGAAUCUCUUGGUCCAGCCCCACAUUGGUACCAUUUCCACUUCAAUAUCAAGUGAAAUAUUCAGAGAAUUCCACAGCAAUUACAAGAGAAGCUGAAAAGAUCGUCCCGGCCACAGCCCUCCUAGUAGGCAGUGUGCUUCCUGGGUCUUCGUAUAAGGCUCAGGUGAGGGCCAAGAGGCUGCGUGGCCCAGGAAUCUGGAGUGACUGGACCCCCACACACACUUUCACCACACAAGACGUCAUAUACUUUCCACCUAAAAUCCUGACAAGUGUUGGAUCUAACGUUUCCUUUCACUGCAUCUAUAAGAAUGAAAACAAGAUUGUUUCCUCAAAAAAGAUUGUUUGGUGGAUGAAUUUAGCUGAGAAGAUUUCCCAAAGCCAGUACCACGUCGUGAGUGACCGCAUUAGCAAAGUCACGUUUGCCAACCUGAAUGCAACCAGACCUCGCGGGAAGUUCACGUUCGACGCGGUGUACUGCUGCGCCGGGCCCGAGUGCCACCACCGCUACGCCGAGUUAUACGUGAUCGAUGUCAAUAUCAACAUCUCCUGUGAAACUGAUGGACACUUAACCAGGAUGACCUGCAGGUGGCCCACCCCUGCUGCCCAGUCGCUCGUGGGGAGCACUUUGCAACUGAGAUACCACAGGAGCAGCCUUUACUGUUCUGACACUCCGUCUAUCCAUCCCAUCUCUGAGCCCAAAGAUUGCCGUGUGCAGAAGGACGGUUUUCAGGAAUGCGUUUUCCAGCCCAUCUUCCUGUUGUCUGGCUACACAAUGUGGAUCAGGGUCAGUCACCCACUGGGGUCGCUUGACUCUCCGCCGACCUGUGUCCUUCCCGAUUCUGUGGUAAAGCCACUGCCUCCAUCCAGAGUGCAAGCAGAAAUUACUGUAAACAUUGGAUUAUUGAAAAUAUCUUGGGAAAAGCCAGUCUUUCCAGAAAAUAACCUUCAGUACCAGAUUCGCUAUGGCUUAAAUGGAAAAGACAUACAAUGGAAGAUGCAUGAGGUCUAUGAUGGAAAAUCAAAGUCCGCCAGUGUCCUGGUGCCAGACCUGUGCGCCGUCUACACGGCCCAGGUGCGGUGCAGGAGGCUGGAUGGACUGGGCUACUGGAGCAACUGGAGCAGUCCCGCCCACACCGUGAUCACGGACAUAAAAGUUCCUGUGAGGGGACCUGAAUUUUGGAGAAUAAUCACUGGGGAUAUUACAAAAAAAGAGAGAAAUGUCACCUUACUUUGGAAGCCCCUGAUGAAAAAUGCCUCCUUGUGCAGUGUGAGGAGAUACGUGAUAAGCCACUACACCUCCCGCAACGGGACGUGGCUGGAGGACGUGGGGAACGGCACCAAAUCCACCUUCCUGUGGACAGAACAAGCACAUACGGUUACGGUCCUGGCCGUCAAUUCAAUUGGUGCUUCUUUUGCAAACUUUAAUUUAACCUUCUCAUGGCCUAUGAACAAAGUAAAUGUCGUGCAGUCACUCAGUGCCUACCCUAUAAACAGCAGCUGCGUGAUCCUCUCCUGGGUGCUCUCGCCCAGUGACUACAACCUAAUGUAUUUGAUUAUGGAGUGGAAAAACCUUAACGAAGAUGAAGAAGUUAAGUGGCUUAGGGUCCCUUCAACUGUUAAGAAGUAUUAUAUCUAUGAUCAUUUUAUCCCCAUUGAGAAAUAUCAGUUUAGUCUUUACCCGAUAUUUAUGGAAGGAGUGGGGAAGCCGAAGACAAUUAGUAGUUUCACCCAAGAUGAUACUGAGAAACACCAGAGGGAGGCAGGGCUAUAUGUGAUUGUGCCGAUAAUUAUUUCCUCUUCCAUCUUGUUGCUUGGAACACUGUUAGUAUCACACCAAAGAAUGAAAAAGCUGUUUUGGGAAGAUGUUCCGAACCCCAAGAAUUGUUCCUGGGCUCAAGGACUUAAUUUUCAGAAGCCAGAAACGUUUGAGCAUCUUUUUAUCAAGCAUACAGAAUCAGUGACGUUUGGGCCUCUUCUUUUGGAGCCUGAAACCAUUUCAGAAGAUAUCAGUGUUGACACGUCAUGGAGGAGUAAAGACGAGAUGGUGCCAGCCACUGUGCUCUCCCUACUUUUGAGAACUCCAGACAUAGCAAAGGGUUUUGUUUGUGUUGGAGAUCCGGGCAACAGUGCCAACUUCUCUCAGGCUGAGGGCACCCAGCUAACCUGUGAAGAUGAGGAAGGGAGGCCACCCUCGGUUAAAUACGCCACGCUGGUCAGUAAAUCAGGUGAAACAGAUGAAGAACAAGAGCUUAUAAAUAGUUCAGUCAGCAAAUGCUUCUCUAGCAAAAGUUCUCCCCUGGAAGAAUCUUUCUCCAGGAGCUCCUGGGAGAUGGAGAGUCAGGCGUUUCUGGUGUUAGCAAAUCAGCAUCUGAACAGAUUGUUGCCACACCUCACGUUCUCAGGACUGGACGAACUUUUAAAACUGGAGGAAAACUUCCCUGAAGAAAAUAAUGAUGAAAAGUCUGUGUAUUACUUAGGGCUCACCUCAAUCAGGAAGAGAGAGAGUGAUGUGUUUUUGACGGAGGAAUCCAGUGUGUCCUGCCCAUUCCCAGCCCACUGUUUACUCACUGACAUCACAGUCCUCCAGGACAGCUGCCCACACUUCGUGGAAAAUAAUUUCAACUUAGGAACUUCUGGGAGGAAGACGUUUGUCUCUUACAUGCCUCAGUUUCAAACUUGUUCCACUCAGACUCAUAAGAUAAUGGAAAGCAAGAUGUGUGACCUAACUGUGUAAUUUCGUUCAAGAAAUCCUCAGAUUCACAUUAUGAGUCAUAUGAAGAAUAGUGUAUAAUAUUACUUUAAAGAUGUGUAUGUCACUUUAUAGAUGGGAGAGAGAAAAGAAAGUGGUCGGAGUCAAAUUUGAAAAUGAUAGUUUCAGAGUUAAUGUGUGUUUUCCCUGUGUUAGUGGUAUGCACAGAACAGGUGACAAACCCUUCGUGAGGCUAGCAGUGCAGACGGACGGACUUAUAACCAUGCUGUUCAGAAGCCCUAGUGGGGAGACCUUUUGUUUCUAGCUGGACAUAAGCUAACAAAUAACAAACACCAGCUUUUGUGAGCAUUAGGCCUGUGUGGGAAGAGCUGAUCUUUUGUAUUACACCUGCGUCUGAAGCAGGCGUUGAACUAACAUCUGUGAGAUGUAAUUGUUCUUUCAGAGACGUGUCUGUUUCGCCUUGAGUUAGCACUUUGUUUUGUGCUAAUUCUCACACACAACACACAUGCACACAAUUUUUAUCUAAUAGGGCUCCUUGUGCAUUUUGAGAAUAUGUGAUGUGUUUGUACUUUGUGCUACCAGACUGUGUGAUUUGAAGUAAAUACUUCCCUAAAUGUUGAAGAUAAAUGGAAAAUUUAGCCCUGGUGUGAGGGGGUUAUACUUGUGAAGACUCAUUAGGUAAGUCAGUUGUUAUGCACCAAAUCUAACGCCCAGUAGAGUGCAGCCACCUUUGAGAAUGGCAAUCCCAUAAGCGGUAUUGUGAUG